AUGUCCGGUCCUUGGGUUUGUUUACAAGUGACCCGUCUCAGAGGCGCUGCUCACAUCCCACAAGCAUCCCCCCUUUCCCCCUGCCCCAGCAUCCCACCUCUGCACACGCCUUUGUCCCGUCAGAAAGCACACAUCCGGUCGCCUCACUACUGGCAGGAGACACGCUGUCGUCACAAAUACGAGGAUGAUGUCUAUAGAGAGAUGGUCCGCUCUGCCCACGACCUCCAGGACCACAAGCACAGCUCUCCGUUAGUCUCUUGUGGAAUGGAGUCCAGUUUGGAGUCCAGUAAAGCCGUGUUCGUAGCCAGGCGCUACAUUCAUGACCACACCCCCUACAGCAGUGCGAUGAGAGCGCUGCUGCAAAGCCUGGUUGGCCUUCUCAGUUCCAUGGAUGAGGUAGCAGCGAGUGAGCUCCAUUGUGGUUCACAUGUAGACAGACUACUUAGUAAACUCCCUCCCAGCUACCGGGACAGUUUUAUUGAGUAUUGUAUCACACGUGGCAUCAUUUUGGGGAAAGCCCGGUCUCAUCCGCUCGGAUGA